UCAGCCUUCAAAGUAGAUUGACUGUCCCUCAAAGCCCUGUGGGCUUGUAUUUGAUCUGGAUCCGGGUACGAUUUGUGGUUCGAUCCCUGUUCACAGAGCAAACGUCGUCUUGUUUUUUGCCGUGGUUUUAAUUUUUCCUUGUAAAAUUUUGGGCGAGGAGAUCACGGUCAAACGAGUUCACUCCAGGCAUAGACGCUUCAUUGCCCCCGGGGCAUUGUGGGAUCUCAUGGUAGGAACUGAAGUACUCCUGCCUGCCGCCGAGAUCCGUUUCGACUUCUUUAUCCGAUACGAAUUAGAUUAUCUUUUUGGCGGGACAACUGCUUUGGCCGCCGCCAUCGCCGGAAAUAACGCAGCCGCCCAGGCGCUGCAAACGGCAGAGCAGGCUGUUGAGGCGGCAGCGGGAAAGAAGAAAAGAAGUGUGACUGGAGAGGGCUUUGCCAGCAUUUUUGGUCGGUCCUUCGACAAUGUGCUCACGCGGACCUUGGCCGAUGAUCAAGUCAGCAUUUUGAAGCGCAUUGAGGAUGGACUCAAAAACGGAGGAUUGCCCGGUAGAGAUUGUGUCUUGAGAACCAUUUGUGACCUGAAGGAAACUCCCAUUCAUGAAUGGAGUUUAGUCGGAGAAAUGAUAUCGACACUUUUCUUUCCCAAAUCAGAUGAUCAUUCGGAAUUAGCGGACUACAAAGAAGCUGCAAGGGUUGGUGAGAGUGAAACCGAAGAAUGUUGGUCCGUUUACUCCAAAUGUCCUUUAUCCAUUUUCAACGUGAUUCCGGAUAUCUAUACAAAAGAUCAUAAAUUCAACGUCAGUUAUGACAAUUUUGACGCUGGUUCGACCAAUUCAUUUACGAAAGAUGACUUUGCCGACCUUCCUAAAUCAUUCCCUACCGAAGAUGCUCACAAGAUCAACUUGGAUUUCGACUUUACAUAAGCUGUAUUUUAAGACGGUUUUGAUUCAUAAAUGUUAUGCUUGUUUUUUCUUUGAA